GUUGCAGAAAAGCUUGGAUUGAUCCACAUAAGCACAGGAGAAGGCAAGGAGAGACACAUUCAAGUGUCAAAAGAAAAUGUGGACAACAGCAAAUCUCAAAACACGUCUGUUUCUGAGGAGGCACCAUCUACCUCACUGUUGCCACUAGCAGCAGGAGUCGACUUGCAGCAGUCAGAUCAGAUCUCAGCUGAGAAGUUUGAUGAGAAAGAAGACACUUACAAAGGCGAGAUGUCUUCAUCACACCCUGCUUCUGUUGGUACAGAUACUGGAAACCAGACUGAAAAUAUUAGAAGCAGUGGAGGUGAACCUUCUGCUAUCACUGCUGGGCCUACUACAAAUAAAGAAGAUGAUACUGCUGUUUGUGAUAGAAUAAACGAUUUCAAUAAGGAAAAAACUGCAUCAGAUGUGAAUAACAAAGAAUCUAAGUCAAAUAAGAAAAAGAACAAGGCAAAACAGAAACCUGAAGCCAGUGCCACAGAAGCAACAACAGUAAAAUCUACAGACUCUGAAAUUUGCAAAAAUUGCAGGAAAAGCAUUCUUAAAAACAAUUUAAUAUUACAUGAGCUUCAUUGCUCAAAGCAAAACACAUCUUCUGCAACCAAAGGUAAAGAUAAGGUAGACGUGGAUGUUAGGAAAAAGGAUAAUGAAUCUAAAGAGAGGAAGAAAGAUAAGCCCAAGCAAUCGCAUGUUCAGAAAGCUUCAGAUAUUCUUAGUAAAAUCGACGAUGAUGAUUUUGAAGGCCUGAUUGCCUCAAUCACCGAACUGGACAGUAAGUGUGCUUUCAAGAAGUGCAAAACCCUCACAAACACUCUAGGAAGAAACUGUGAAUACUGCACCCGUCGGUUUUGUCUUACCCACUUAAUGCCGGAGAUUCAUGGGUGUGGCGAUGCGGUUAGAACUGCAGCGCGCCGGAUCAUCAGCAGGGAUGGGGUCUUGCAUAGCGGCAGUGGUGUGCCAAAUAAGAAACCCAACCAGGCAAGAAGGGCACAGUUAGAGAGCAAAAUGGAGAAGAAGCUGGGAGAGCUGGCGGGGAAGAGAUCUCGGAAUCUUUAG